AGCAAGCUGCACAUCACGUGAAGUACAUUUCACUAUUUAUAGCGUGUUACUGUCAACUUUUGAAGGCUGAACGUUCACAAACACACUCUGCAUUCACUGCCGAUUGUUUUGAACCCAUCUACGCUCCUGUGUGUCCCUUAAAAUAUUUUUAAAUUCUAUAAAUCGCUGUGCCCCUUGAGCAACCUCGUGGUUAGUUCAGAAAUUCAAGCUGGUUGACGAGUGGUUGAAAUUGAGUCAUCCAUUUGCCGGCUUAGUUCCAGCUGUGCAAAAUGAGUAAAAAGAACAAGAAAAACAAAUGGAAGCAGGUGGACCUUGGCACAGUCCUACAAGAAACCCGUCCAGUAGCAUGGGCGGAAGAAGUUGAAAUUGAUGAACGAGAUCUGCAGAUAGCAGCGGCUCGCAAGUCUGCUUUACCAACAGCGCCACGUUCUGCCAGAGGUACUGAUGAUGAACGGGUACCAAAUUCUCCACCCUAUGUGGCAUACAUCACAAAUAUCCCGUUUGAAACUAUUGAAGAGGACAUUGAAGAAUUCUUCAGGGACCUCCAGCUUGAAACUAUUAGGCUUCCAAGAAACGAUGCUACGGGAAAACUCAAAGGCUAUGGAUAUGUUGAGUUUACUGAGAGGGCGGGCCUCAUCGAGGCUCUUCAAAUUGCGGAUACGAGCAUGAAGGGCCGACGGAUAAGGAUCGAUGUAUCAGAAAACAAUGACCGAGACCGGGGCUACGGCAGGUCAGACCGCAUGGGCCGGGACCGCAUGGGCAUGGGUAUGGGCCGCGAGGAGGACCCGGAACGGACGAUGGGUGACUGGAGAUCGGGGCCUCGGUCCGAGCCGGCCGGAGAAGACCGCGGGCGGUCCGGCGGGCGGCCUGGCUUCGGCGGCUUCGGCGACCGGGACGGCGGCCGCGAGCGUGACAGCGGCUUCGGGGCGCCCCGCGAGAUGGACAACCGCGAGGGCGGCUGGCGGGAGGGCAUGGGCUCUGGCACCGGCGGCUCCAGCUUCGGCGACAGGGACAGAGACAGGGACUCCUUCAGAAGUCGAGGUUUCGGCGACAGGGACCGCGACGGCGGCGGCAUGGGCAGCCGCUACGGCGAUCGCGGGGGUGAUCGCUAUGGCGACCGCGGCGGCGACCGCUACAGCGACCGCGGCGGUGAUCGCUAUGGUGGCGACCGCGACGGCGACCGUCCGCGAUUCGGCGGCGACCGCGACGGCGACCGCUACGGUGGCGACCGGCCCAGGUACGGUGGCGACCGAGAGGAAGGCGGCGACAGGUUCGCUCGGCGCGACGACGGCCCUCCCUCAGACUCAUCAGGAGAAGCGAGAGCUCGCCCCAAGCUGCAGCUGCAGCCUCGCACUCGGCCCGUGGAGGUCAUCCAGCCCACUCCAGAAGAGAAGAAGGAGAAGGAGAUUGAAGAGCGAGAGAAGCUGGAGAAGGAGAAGGCUGCACAAGCUCCCCCCGUUCCACGUGCGUCCAUUUUCGGAGCGGCCAAGCCCGUGGACACCACUGCCAGGGAGAGGGAGAUCGAGGAAAGGCUGGCCAAGGAGAGGGAUCGCGCUCCUCGUCGCGACGACCCGGAGAGGAAGGACAAGGACGACAGUGGAAGGUCCAGGGAAGCCAAUGAGGACGGUGACGAAUCCAAGAAGGUUGAACCCGCACCACCUCCCAAGGAGAAUGCCUGGUCCCGCCGCCCGCGGUUAGAUGAUGCAAGCUCCAACAAUGGUGACACCAAGGCCAACGAUCGUGGAACUUCUGAAAAUGAAGGUAACGACAACAAGGAUGAUAGAAGCCGUGACAGGAAUCAUAUCAACAACAAGGAGCGGGAAAGCAGUGAUUUGAAGGAAGACGAGUUCAGAGACUUUCGCACAAAUAGAAGCGGCUCGAGGGACAAGAAAGAUGUGGAUCUCCAAAAAGAGGAUGGCAGCAACGCUGACAGGUAUGAGCGAAAGGCAGGACGAGGGCGCGUUGGUCCUCAUGGAUCUCAAAAGGGAAUGGGCCAUGCUCGGGUAGACAGGGUGACGAGUGGUGGUGGUGGUAAUAAGGGCAAACAACCCACAGAUAGACCGUCACGUAGAGAUCAUUCCAAUGAAGAUCGACGUUUGCCCAAAUAUGAAGAGAAGCCUCAACCAAACUUCGUUGCUUCAAAUAAGUAUGCUUACUUGAAUGAAGAUGAUCAGGAAGAUUAAUGUGUGCAAAAGUCCCCUAAUUUGAUAGGCCGUGUGUUUUAAUUGUAAAGGCAUUUUGAACAUUGCAUCUGCUAAAAAGUCUUGAAGAUUGUUGGUGAGAAGAUGUUGCUACCUUCUGUUUUUGAGAGCAGCUGACUUUAGUUUGUUUCUAUGGUGCAGAUCUGCAUUUUUUUGGCCCUUAACUAUUCACUUUUAUUAAGAUGGGGUAAAAUGGGUGUAAGAAUUUUAAAUCAAUACGUUGUGGUGCAAAACUUGUCCUCAUGUUUACCAAUAUUGACUUGAACAUGUGGAUAAAGUGUGAUCAAUUCAUAUUUCAUGUGAUGUGUAAGAACACAUCUCAAACUAUUAGAAAUGCCUGGGAAUUUUUAUUCUAAGGGUCAAAUUUUCUCAAGUCCUUUUCAUCUUAUUUUAAUUUUAUUAUGUUUAUAUCUGACACAGGUGGCAGGUCCAAAUUUUCAAAUGUGUCAUCUGAUCAUUGAAUAAUCUGGAUCAUUGCUGAAGCUAUUGCCAGUAUAGGUCAAAGUUUUAUUUUUGUCUUAUCAAUGGAUUCAGAUAUGUACACAACUUCUUGUCAACUGAUAUUCAAAUAAGAACAUUUAAUUGUAAGGUUUAUUGCCUGACCUUUGACAUUGUGUGGUAGAAAUGAAUGUGUUGAUAAAUUUUGAACAAUUUUGAAGAUAGCCUUAAGCGUUUCAGUUGAGGUUUAAAAGAAACUUCUCAACUUUUUCUGUAUUGAGACUGUCCCUCAUGUUUCUGGCUGACUGAUGGCUUGGUUCUGCUGAAUAGCUUGUGGCCUUUUUUCAUUAGUGGAGGCUGAGACUGUGCCAGUAACCACUAUAGUGUAAAGGAAAAUGUGUAGAUUUUAGAUACCUGACAUGUAAAAAGUACUAUAUCUAUUGCUCAUUCUGGUUCUAAUAUUUUACCUUGGGUUAUGUUCCAGUAACUUUUGAUUGUGUGUGGUGGUUGAGGAUAUGGUCUUGUCAACUCCUGUAGUGUACAUCUGUCUAUGUUAGAAUUGGUUUGUCAACAUUUUCUACCUCAUUUCUGGUCAACAGGCAAUAUGCUUUCAGGCUAAUUUUCGCAGAAAUGUCUUUGAUCUUACUUAUUUCAUCCUACCCCUGCGUAAGUUCAGCCAUUUGUCUUCACUGAGAUAUUGUAUAAGCCGAAUAGUGAUGUGGAGGAACUCUUGUCAAGUCAUAACGAUGUGGGUUACUCUGUGUUACUCUGUAUGUAUUACUGUGGUUAUAAAUAAAUGUUUGAUCAUAGAUA